AUGAGCGAUGUCCACUCCAGAGCGUCACUAAAGUCUGGGCCCAAGCUGCCCAGCUCCCGACUUCCUUUCCAUCUUGUUCUUCACCUUGAACAACUUCAUCUCUUCAUCUUUCUAUCUCUCACCUCCAUCUCACCUCCAUCUCACACACAAAUCUCCAAUCCAACUCAAUCCAACAACACCAGCAUCUUCGAUCCAAGUCAGCUCGCCAGGUUCCAUCCAAUCUACUUCCUCAGAACCAGCCACCGCCGCGUAUACACACACACAUACGUUAGCAGAGGGAAUAAAAAGGGCCUCCCACCACCCAGCAAAAGCCACUGGCACCCUGUUCCGGCAAACGCCUCCUCACCUUACUCCAACUUUGUCUCCCUUCCUACCAACCAGCGGCCAAUUCAUCGCGAAAAGCCUCCCCCCGCAACUGCUUCCGUCUUACCCCUUCUGCGCCUAGCCCUCGUCUUGUCGCCUCCCACCAAUCCAUCCAUCAAAAUGACUCGCUCUCACAAGUACGGCGAACGUGACCACAAGGGUCUCGCUGAUGGCAGCGUCUCUCCGACAGAACAACUGCCUCGCUUCUUUGCCAAGAGCGGCUACGUUGACGUUGAUCCCAAGAAGGUGAAGAAGGACGGCAACGGCAAAGGCAACUGGGGAAGCGUGGGCGAGGAAGUUAUUGAUCAAAACUUCCGCUUCACCAACGCUCGUCGCCGCUCCAACAGCUUUUCCCACCACAACCUCUCCGACUUCAAGACCAAGUUUGAAGUGAAUGAGAUGGACCCUCUCUACGACGAGUCUCUCCACGGACCCAUUGAUGAGGAGAAUGGAGAUGACCUCUCCAAGACCGACUCCACAGAGAGCGUCCACUCCGUCUAA